CCAACACCAGAAUCACGACCAGAAAGAGCUGGACUUUUCACCAACACUCUCCCAAUCGCCGAGAAUCUGCACGCGGGACCGAAUCCUCGACCAAAACACCAUAGAACAAAAACAAAGCACUCAAGCACGAUGGGCUCACCGCACAGGCAAACGCACAAGAACGCUAGGCUUGCCGUUGCCGUUGCCGUUACUGUUUCCACUCUGUUGGUCCUCGUCGGCUUGCAGUGCUCCAACGCCCUUGCGCCCCCGCCGCGAAAGGACGCCUCCAGAGCCACAGCCACAGCGAGAGCGUUAACGAGAACGAGAACGAGAGCCAACACCUGUCUCUUCAACAACAACGGCGAAUCGGCCGCCACGGCAGCGGCACCCCGGUCCGAGAUCGACCGCCGCCGGAACCUCGCCAUCAUCAGCCAUCCCGAUUCCGGAAAGACGACCAUGACGGAAAAAUUGCUGCUCUACGGGGGAGCCCUGCAGCAGGCCGGGGCCGUCAGGCAAAAGGCGGAGCAGCGCGCCACGCAAUCCGAUUUCAUGGAAAUGGAAAAGGAGCGCGGGAUUUCGAUUUCCUCGACGGUGAUGAACUUUGACUACGAGGGCUUCCGGCUCAACAUCCUCGACACGCCGGGCCACCAGGACUUUUCCGAGGACACCUACCGGGCCCUGGCGGCGGCCGACAACGCCAUUAUGCUAUUGGACGCCGCCAAGGGCCUCGAACCGCAGACCCGAAAGCUAUUCGAGGUCUGCCGGAUGCGCGGCCUGCCGCUCUUUACCUUUUGCAACAAGAUGGACCGGCCGUCUCUCAGCCCGUACGAGCUCAUGGACCAGAUCCAAGAGGAGUUCGACCUGGAGUCCUUUCCCAUUUUGUGGCCGAUCGGCGACGGCGACCGCUUCAAGGGGGUCCUGGAUCGCCUGGAGGACGUCGUCCACCUGUACCAGAAACCUGCGAAGCGGGGAGCGAAAGCCGAGGUCAUCGAGGUGCCACUUUCCGAAACCGAUCGCCUGGAGGAACUCAUCGACGACGCCGAGCUUUUCGAAAAGCUCUUGGAGGACAGGGAGCUUCUGGACGAGCUCAUCGAGCCCCUGGACAUGGAACGUGUCUUGGACGGGGAACAAACCCCGCUCUUUUUCGGAUCCGCCAUGACCAACUUUGGCGUCCAGCUCUUCCUGGACAAGUUUCUGAAAAUGGGGACCAAGCCGACCUCGCGACCGGCCAUCAGCGGGGACAAGAAGGAGGAAAGCACCGAGCAGCCCGUGUCUCCGGAACACGAGGAAUUCACCGGCUUUAUAUUCAAGACGCAGGCCAAUCUGGAUCCGAGGCACCGGGACCGGCUGGCCUACGUGAGGGUCGUUUCGGGCGUCUACGAAAAGGGCAUGAAGGUCGGGCACUCCCGCAGCAAGGCCGGAAAGAAGUACAACCUUGCCCAGGCCCAGGCACUCUUUGGCUCCGACCGGUCCACCGUGGAGCUGGCCUAUCCCGGCGACGUCAUUGGAAUCAACAAUCCCGGGUCCUUUGCGAUCGGUGACACUCUCUUUACGGGAGCCGAGCGCGUGGCCUUUCCCGGGAUCCCCAGUUUCUCGCCCGAAAAAUUCGCUUACAUCCGGAGUCCCAACCCCUCCGACUACAAGUCGUUCCGGAAGGGAAUCGACCAGCUGCUGGCGGAGGGCGCCGUCCAGGCCCUCCGGCAGCGAAACGACGACGGUGGCGGUCCGCUGAUGCUGGCCGCCGUCGGCCAGCUGCAGUUCGAGGUCGUCCAGGCCCGCCUCGAGAACGAGUACAAGGUCGAGUCACAGAUGGAGCCCCUGGGAUACACGCUUGCCCGCUGGGCCGACGGGGGAUGGGAUGCUGUCGACAAGGCCGACGCGGACGGCAAGCUCUUUGGCAUCAUGAUCGUCCAGGACCGAUGGGGUCGGCCCGUCCUGCUGUUCCGAAACGACUGGAAGGCGGCGUCGCUGACGGAAGAAGAGAAGGAUCUGCAGCUCAAGCCCUGGUCGCAGCCGCCCGAUUUCGAGUAGAGCAACGAAGAGAGAGCGGAAGGAGCGAAAACGUCGAUGCGAUUUUGACUCCACGAUAUGAAUCGCAUACGAUACUGCAUCCGACCAGUUGCUAGCAAUACAGUUUUGGUUUUCGAGACCAAUGCACCACAACCGGGCCAAAUCAAUCAACCUUUCGGUCAUUUCGAUUUGUCUACAUCAUUCUCUUGCCUUCAUAAUCGAUGCGAGUUUUUCCACACUAUCAAUACUAUAUUAAACUAGUUGCUAGCAAAGGCUUUCCAGACUGGAGCAGAAUUGGAUCGUUUUCGAGACCAAUGCACCAUGACCGAACCAAAUCAUUUUUUACUAAAGCACUGUUUUUCCU